AAUGAUUUUGACUGAUCAUUUUUAUUUUUGUCUAUUACAUAUUCUCACUUUGUCUAUUACCUAUUCUCGCAGGAAAGUCAAUAUUUGUUAAAAUAAUGGCUGAACAUCCAGUUAAUGAUUUGUCAACCAUUGCUAGUGAAACAGAUGAUAGAUUACACAGUCAUGUAUCUGUUGCUGGAGAAUCAGAGGAGAGCAUGGUGAAUAAUACAGUAGAAAAUGGUUUUCGUGACAAUUUAUUAGACCUCAAUCCUUCUGAAACCACAGAACCGAUUUCUAUUUUUAAAUCUGACACAGUGACUGACACAAACCCUGUGAGUGAACAAGAUUCCAAUGACGAUAGUAGCAGUGACAGUAUGCCUGAUUUACUAUGGCCUGAAAAAAAAAGCAAUUUAAAAAAGUCAAAUGGGGCUACAUCAACAACGACCUUGUCAUCUUCAACAUCACAAGACACAGGCUUUGUCUCAGAUAACAUUGUAGACACACCAAGUCCAGAUGAAGCCAGUAAAAGUAUGGAUGAUUCACUCGGUAAAAAUAGUUCAGAAACGUCGGUGAACAAAUCAAAAGAGCAAGCAGAAUUUGACACCCCAGAGGAAGAUGGUGUAAUGGAUAUUUUGGGAAAUGGUUUAUUGAAGAAAAAGGUAUGUUUUGUAAUAAAUAACCACACAUUUUUUUUAAGAGUUUUUUUUUUUUUAAAUAAAUUUUCUUUUUGUAUUUGUAUGCUUAAAUUUAUUUUGUUGGAUUUUUAGUAAUUUGGGCAGUUUUGGGCAUGCCAAUUGAAAUGUAUUUUGAAAGCUAUUCAAAAGUGCCUAGUUUAAAAAUUUUGCCUUUGUCAGAAUAGACUUUUUAAAAAGAUCUGUUAAAGUGUGUUCAAAUUGAAUAUGUAAACUUCUCUUUCACCAUGUUGUGCCCACUUUGUCAUUUUUGUUAAUUUCACAAUUCACAAGCAUACAAUAUUUAAAGAAGAGCACUAAAAAUGUGAUUAUUUUCUAUUAAAUUUAUGCAAAUUUGAUAUAAUUAAAAAAAUUACUAGUUACAUUAUAAAUUGGAUUGUUAAAAUUGCAAAUUAGUGAAGCAUUUUCCUAAAAUGUUUAAUUUUGAAGAUACAAAAUGUUAAGUAUAUGUCAUUCAUGCAUCCUGUAUUUUUUUGCUGUUAGAUAUUAAUUCCAGGUAAAGGUGUAGACACAAGACCAAACAAUGGGGAUACAGUCACACUUAAAGUUGAUGGAGUGUUGGAAAAUGGAACUCAUGUUGAUACUGGGGAGAUUUCUUUCAUCCUUAAUGAUGGAGAUGUCAUACUUGGUAAAUGGCCUAUAUAAUGUUUAACCUAAUUUUAAUCUAUUAUUAUUAUUGUUUGUCCUUCUCAUCUUUGAUGCUGAAUUUUGUUUAAAGUAAGUGAGAGUCGCUCAGUCUGUCAGCCUCCUCUCUCGUCCUUGCUUAUUUGAUCCAAUGGUAAGACUUAGUCAAGAUGACUGGAAAUAGACCAGGAUGCAGUGGAUGACCAGCUGUUUUUCUUGUGUGUUUCACUGUGCUCUUUAUGCAUUCCACUUCGCAAGAAAUUUCAGCAUUUUCAUUAUGUCAGUGUCAUACCGCCUACAGGACUCCCAUCUCAGAGUUUGAUUUCAGAGUUGCCUUCCCUUAGAUGAGUACCUUCCAAGGUUAAUGUUUCCCAUCCACCUGGGUUCUGGUGUUGUUUUUGGUUGAAUAGGCUUACUGGGGAUUGAGCUUCAGUCCACAAGAUUGGAAUUGACUCGGAUUAGAUCACUCGGCUACCCAGCACCCUUUUAAUAUAUAUACCUAGGUAAUAGCUGCUGCCUCAAAAUGUAUUAAUUAUAUUUAAUGAUUUGAAUAUAUUGUCUUUGUGGAGGAUCUUUCAUUGUUGCAAUAUAGCUUUUCACCUUCACCCUUUUUUCUUCUUACUUCACUCAGAUGAUAUCAAAGACACUGAUUAUGCAUAUUGUAUGCUUAUGUAUAGUUAAGGAUACAAAAUAUACAAGAUUUAGACUAUGUAAAUACUAAUGAAAUAAAACAGCGUGAUCCAUAUUUGAACAUGUGUUCAUUCUGAUCUUAGUACAGAAAUAGGGAUAAAACCAAUACAUUUACUGUGGCUUAGGACAGUGGUUCUCAACCUUUCUAAUGCCGUGAACCCUUUAUACAGUUCCUCAUGUUGUGGCGACCCCGAACCAUAAAAUUAUUUUCGUUGCUACUUCAUAGCUGUAAUUUUGCUUCUGUUAUGAAUCGUAAUGUAAAUAUAUGAUAUGCAGGAUGUAUUUUCAUUGUUACAAAUUGAACAUAUUUAAAGCAUAAUGAUUAAUCACAAAAAAAAAUUGGUAAUUAUUUAUUGUGAAAUAUUUAUUUCUAAUUACAAAUAAAUGAGAUUUUGUCUUGAAGCAUAGUGUAGCAUGGUUAACUGUCUUAACUGUAAACUAUAUUGAUACAUUUUGCGACAGUACGCGUAAAAAGCCAAUGUCAGUGCGAAGCUGUUUCAAGAGCACAACGAAGAUUAUCUUCCACAACAAGCCUACAUUUAGACUUGAUUACCAACAAGCUGGAAAACCCUGUUUCUCAAAGAUAUUUUGUUGGAAAUGGAUAAAGAGGGCGCAACACAGUCUCAGACAGAACAGGAAAUGACUACAAACACUUGAUCCAGAAUUUUGUAACUGGCAUUGUAGAGAAAUCAGUUCUCGCUGAAUUGCUGUUAAUAAGUUCAAUGAACUCCUCUUGUGCUGUCUCAGGAAGAUCUUCAACUUUGACAGUGAAUGGACUUCUGGCAACUGCAAAGAGUGUGUCAGGUAGAUUUGGAAAAUACGAUGUAAUUUCGUCUCCAAGCAUGUGCAAGUGUUCCUUCACAGAAUUUAUCAUCGUUAUCCUUUUGUCUGGUUCAAUGUGAUGUUCCUCAAAAAAACAAAAAAACAACAGAUAAGAUGAGCAACAUGUAAAUUUUAUUUUCAUCCAAUUUUGUUAUUUUGCCAAAGCUGAAAUUUCAUUUGGAAUUAUCGCAUCUUUUCAGAAAAAUCGAUGCAUGUUGCAUUUGGUCCUUGCAGUGAUAAAUUUAACUCAUUUAAGAUGGCAAAGAUGUCAACCAAGUAAGCUUUUUUCUGCAGUUCAAUUUUAUCACUAAAAAGUAGUUUGAACUGCAGUCUUGCCUUCUGAUUGAAAAAGCGUUUUGAGUUCAUCACGAAGCUCAAAAACACGUUUUAAAACGUUUCCUCUCGACAACCAUCUCCCUUCAAUGUGAAAUAGCAGAGCUCUGUUCGGCGCAUCCAACUUUUUGCACAGUUGCAAAACAGUCGACUGUUUAAAGUGCUCGUCUUUACAAAAUUGAAAAAACUUAUGACGCUUUUCAUUACUUCUUGUAACUCUUGUGGCAGCAUCUUCGUUGCUAAUAUUUGCCGAUAAAUCAAUCAGUGAGUUCCGAUGAAUUUUGGUGACUCAUUCAGUGCCAAAUGUUGAAAUCCAGAUGGACAUCCUAGCACAGCUGGAGCAACAUCUGAGCAAACACCACAACACCUUUUCCCAAAAGAUCUUAUGAUCUUUCAGAAAUAACUCGUGUCAAAAUUAUCACAUACAGUAGUUGCCGUUUUUUCAAGAGGUUUGCAAAAAGGAAACAUCUUUAAAGUCGCCAUCAUUAAUAUACCUCACGUAAACUAGUAACUGUGAACAGUUUGCAACGUCUGUAGAUUCAUCAAGCUGGAUACUAAAUAUUGGGAGUGGAGCACAUUUAAUUUCCUGGAUUACCUGGUAAAGAUGAGUCAACAGACAGGUCAUCUAUUCUUCUGCGGACAGUGUCGUUAGAUAAGGAAAUUGCACUCAAUUUCCUAACAAAUUCUUCUCGGAUCAUAACGCGAACAAUGUCUUUGGUUGCUGGCAACAGUAAAUCCUCAGCAAUUGUUUGAGGUUUCAUAGCUCUGGCGAUUCUGAGUGCAACCAAAUAUGAAGCUUCAAUGGCUGCUACUUUUUGUUUGGGGUACUUGCCACCAGUGUCAAGUCUGGCUUUCUUGAUUCCAUCAGCUUUACUUCUAAAAUAGUUGGUAUCCUUCUGCUGGCAAAGCCUGGAUGCUUGCUAUCAAAAUGGCGUUUUAGUUAGUUCGGCUUCAUAGAUAUUCAGCUGAUAGAACUUCACAGCAAAUAACACAUUGCAAUUGAAAACAAUGAAAACAUAGAUAUAUUCAUACGAGCAUACAAUUUAUUUUGCGUUUUAUUUUUUGAUUUUAUCAAUAUUAUCAGGCAAUCAUCAUUCAUUAGAGGCAAUUUUUAACUGAGACGUAACUUAGUAAGACAGCAUGCUGAGCUUACUCUCAUACAGGCACUAUAUUACUGAUUGCAGGUGAAGGCUACUAGAACUUAAUCCUUAACCGAUAUUUAUUUUUGCCUUUAAAUUUUUAAUUUAAGCUUAUCGUAGAUAACAAUAGUAGCAUUUAUAGUUAGGUGUAAUUUCAGCAUCGGACAUUAGACCUAUAUUCUUUAUUUAUUUACGGUUUCCCUACUUGUCAUUGGUUAAUUAAACCUAUCACGUGAUACUUGGGGAGGUCAGUUUGAUUUUUUCUUCUACAUUUUCUCUGGACUUGUCUGAUUCUUCCAAAGUAUGCACUAGUUAUAAUCCGUUAUUACCCGUUAAGGAGCUGAUCUGUGCAGUAGUUUUCACUGUCGAUUUAAACUUUAUUAUGGGGUGAAUGGUUCAAGGGGGGUGAUAUGUCUGUUUCUAAGACCAUCGGAAAUGUGUGUUUUCCAAAGGUCUUAGGCAACCCCCGUGAAAGCGUCCCGCGACCCCCAAAGGGGUCGCGAGCCACAGGUUGAGAACCCCUGGCUUAGGGGAUCAGCAUGAUUUUUAAAAAACUAUUUUACCAUAAACAAUUUCUAUUUUACUGUUACUUAACAUUAUUUCAUUGAAUCUUAAUCAUCUUCCAGCUUUUGACAUAGCAGUAGCUCUAAUGGAAGAAGGGGAAAAGUGUGAACUGUCUACAGCUGCAAAGUAUGCCUUUGGUUCGCUUGGACGGUAUGAUUUCUUUAUCCCGCAGUUUUCAUAUCUUGUUAAGUCUCUUGUGUCUAAGUGCACUAAAAAUAUACUAAUAGCAGCCACAUUUAGUCCUGGUUCCAUUGACAGCAAUCAAAUUAAGUUAUUUAUAAAGUUAUUUGGCCUAUAUAAAUUUUAUUUCUUUUAUAUUUAUUUUUUAAAAUAAAAGCUGUCGUCUUUUGUUCUUCAGGGAACCAGAUAUUCCAAAAGAAGCCAACAUAACAUACACACUAGAACUUGUCAACAUUCAGAGCCCUCCUGAACUUUCUUCUUUAAGUUAUGAUGAAAGACUGAAAUUAGGGUAAUCAUUUUGUAAUGACUAUAUCUUAUACAGCCUGCCCAAGUGGUCCACAAGCAAUUUCACUGUUGAGCUGUGCGUGCGCACACAAUGGGGAAAAGGUGUGCACUGCUAAAAAAGGUGUGCAACUCAAAAAGAAAACUGUGGCGCACACAACAUUUUUAAAACCUGAAAAAUAUAGUUAAGCGCCCGAAAUCGUUUCUCUAAGGCACCAAAAUAUAAUGAACUUUACUUGUUUGUAAAAUUCGUAACUCCUCUUUCAAUAGAACAUGAGGUGAGAUGGUUUUAAGACAGUUUGCUUGGAAUUCUAUUAUAAGAAAUUAUGACAGCCUCAUUCAGUACCUCAUUCAACUAGUAAAGAGUGAUUAUCAAACAUCAAAAAGUCUCAUUGCAAAGAACUGCCAUUUAAAUUGAACGAUCCACAAAUUCAUUUUGCUCCAUAAGUUCUCAAUGAUGUGUUUGAAGAGUUUGCAGCCAUAUGUGAGCCUUUGAAGACAAGUAGAUUGACAUCAAUAGAUGAAAUGAUAUAAAAAAGUCAAAUCUCAGUACCUUGGGGAUGUUUCUAACUUGAGUGAGAAAGUCGAAACUAUUCUUCAGGAAUACGCACCAAAAAAUGGUUUCGGUAGAUUCAAAACCUAAUUUAGCUUUUAUUGAAAGUGUGUGUUGUCAUUUUGAAGACAUAUUUCCAGAAAAUAAGGUUCAAGAUUGGGUGGCAUUUUACACAAUAAAAAUUUUUUUUUUCAAACUUUGAACAUCAUAAAAAUUUUGUGCACAGAGACUCAAAAAAUUAGAAGGAACUUAGUGCACAAGUAAUAAAUGCAACAACAAAAGAAUCUCUUAUCAAUUAAUAAUUUUAAGGGCUGAAGCUCUUUUUUUCUAAGUGUAGUUGUAGAAGUUGUGUCAAGCCAGAUGUAUCAAUCAAAACAUUGAAGCCUGCAAUUAUGCAAUGACAGAUUUUUAAUUUUUGUGAUUAUGUUUUGAAUGUAGAAUUUUAAGCAAUACUAAGUGUUAACACAUGGCUCACAUUAAAAUUAAAAGAAAAAUUAGGAAAUUUCAACUAUGUACCUUUUCAGUUCAGGGAACCAGAUUGUGUGUAUCAACUGGAUAUAGAAUUGUGUUGGUGUAGUUUGUGUUUACUUUUAAGACAUUUUAUUACCAAUUAGAUUCAUAGCAAUACUAAAUUAUUUUGUUUCUCAGCUUGUUAAUGUCAUAUACCAUGCAUUAAUUUAGUAAUAAUUUUUAUUAUUUAUUUGCAAAAUUUCGGUCUAAGUAUAGUCAUUAAAAUUUUAAAAAUGUUAAUACUAGUAAAAAUAAAUUGUUUAGGCUUUCAGCUUUUUAUUCCUAUUUUAAUUUAUACUCAUUCUAAAUUCAGUGAAGCCAAGAGAGAGAGGGGAAACUACUUAUUUGGAAGGACUGACUAUACAGGUGCAAUUAAUUCAUAUAACAAGUGAGUAAAGUUUUUAUGAAAUAUCCAUUUAUAAAUGCUUUGAAAUGCCCUGGAACAUUUAAUCAGAUUCUGGGGACUUGAUAUUUUUGGAGUUAAUUCUUCUUAAUAAUCUGCAUAUCGUUGCUGUAACCACUGUAACCCUCAUGAUGGGUAAGGAUAAUAAAUGAAGAAAUGCGUUCAAGCUGUAUGAAGGAACUAGUGGAACAAGGUAUGUUGAAGCUUGAAAUGAAAAGACCGGGCAAUAAAAGGAGAAUGUUUCGGCUAAAAGCCUUUUUCCGCUUCUACCAUUUCCCUCCUAUAUGGUGAACUCCAGAUGCUUCAAAUUUGUAAACUAAUUUCUUUUCUUUUCUUGUUUUGUCUUAUCUGCUAAAGAAGGCUUUUGCCAAAACAUUCCCCUAUUAUUGUCCUGUCUUUUCAUUUCAUACCUUGUUUCAUUAGUUCCUUUAUGCGUAAGUCAAGUUUUCCAAAAUUUACAUGAGACACUACAAACCUAAUUACUUAAAAAUAAACUUUUAAAACAUUUGGUUAGGUCUACUGAUAGAAAAUGUACUGCCCACUACUAACAUUUAAAAAUAUUUUUACAUGGCAUGAGGAAUCCCUAGAUCUUAAUAAAUUAGACAUUUUUUGCAUUUUUGAAACCAUUCUUCAGGAAUAUGCAGGAAGUAAGGUUUUAAUAGAUAAUAAACCUAAUUUAGCUUUUAUUGAAAGUGUGUGUUGACAUAUUGGAAGACAUACAUAUUUCCAGAAGAAGUUCAAGAUUGGCUGUCAUUUUACACAAAAAUUGGGGAAGCCCUAGAUCUUAAUAAUUUUUUUUUUAAUUUGACUUAAACUUUUACAGAGUUACAGCGACAAUAUACUAUUUUCAUCUCUGCUGAAUUUCAAGUUUAAAGCAACAUCUUAAACAGUCAUGGAUUUGCUUACAGCAAUACAUAGUAUAAAUAUUUAUUAUAUAAUUUUUUUAUCAGUGCUUUAAAGUUUGGACAAAAAUAUUAAAGUAAGUGAUGAAUACUAAAUAUACUUCUUUUGAUGCAAUGUGCUAAAAGCUCAAAACUCUGAUCCAACAGAGCUAUAAAAAUACUAGCUGAUACAGAUCUCAAUGCAAGCCUUGACGAAGCCAAUCUGGCAUCAUUGACUGAGUCAUCCCUCAAGUGCUACAACAACAUGGCAGCAUGUCAAUUGAAGGUUAGUACAUUUUUGUAUUUUAAGAAAUAUUAUUUUUAAGAAGUUCUUUACAUUGUCCUUUUUACAUGCAUAUGUUGUGAUUUAACUCUGAAUUCUAUUGAAGGCACCAAAAGCAGUGGCUAUACUAAAAAAGUUGAUUAAAUAUUUAAAAUAAAAAUCUUUUGUUACUAGUUUUUUCGCAUUUUGUGUCUUUCAAUAAAUGUUUGCUUAGAAAUUUGUGUACAAUUUUAUUGCUAAGUUUUUUGUUAAAUGCAAUGAACUUUUCACAAAUAUUUUUGUUUAGAUUGAUGCCUUGGAUGCAGCGAUAAGGUCAUGUGAAAAAGUUCUCACGUCCCAAGAAAAUAACAUCAAAGCUUUAUUUCGAAUAGGCAAGGUAUAAACUUAUAUAACUAAUUUUGCUAUGGCUUAUCUCAUAUUAACAUAAUUGCUAGAUUCAUGCCUAUGUUGUUGACUAGUAGGCUCUCGAACAACAUAGUAAUACUUUUAAAAAAAUCUAAUUUGCAGGUUUGCAAAAUUUUCACAUGUAAAAAUCUUAUUAGUGGGCUGAGAAUAAAGGGGGGGGGGGGGAAUGUAUGAUCUACUAGCUAUCUAAAUAAAAGAAUAAUAAAAUGGAAUAUUUAUUUUAAGUGUGCUUAACCAUCUUAAUAUUAGCCUCAUUUAACAAUUGUACUUCAAAAACAACAAAAAAGCAUUAACUAGUAAGACCAUAGGAUUAAUGAGCAAUUUGAUUCUCAAUUUAAGGGACUAGAACCUGUUAGAAUGUUAAAAUAAACCGCUGUGAUCAUUGACAACCACCUUAAACUCCUUCAUUCCCACACAUCCUCUCAGUUGUUUAAAUUUUUUUGUUAGUAGGUUGUCAUAACAAAGUCAAACUAUUCAUAUCUAGAGUUUUUAGCUCUUGUAUUAUUAUUUUUUUUGUUGCAAAAAAAAACCUCAGGAGUCAGCUGUAUUCUGAUAUAAAUUACAUAGAUAUAGAUAUAGCUUUAAACUUGUAAUGUAUUUUUUUUUACAGGCUUAUGGUGCUAAAGGGGAAAUUGAACAUGCAAUAACCUAUAUUCGACGAGCAAUUAAAUUGGAACCAGAGUCUAAAAUGCUGCAUCAGGAAAUGCUAAAUUUAAAUCGGCGUAGAAAUAAAGAAACAGCAACAGAAAGAGAGUUAUAUCAACGGAUGUUGGGUGUUAAACCUGAAAAUAAAGUAUCCACUGACAAAAACAAGAAAGCAUCAAAUUCAAACUCAGUAAGUUUUUUUGUUUUUUUAAUUACAAAAUGAAAUAUGUUACAACAUAUAUAUAUAUCAUUCACUUCCAUCGUUCUAUAAUUUUAUUCUAAAUAGAAAUAAUGGAGAGGCCAAAAUUUGUUGGCAAUUUCUUCUUCUAUAUUUUGAGGGCCCACGAUCAACAUUUUAACAUAUUGAAGUAGAUAAUAUAUGUAUUUUUUAAAUAUCAAAAAAAUCCUUUCUGUUUCUUGAUUUGUUAAAUAAUUUUUAUCUGUUAUAAUUUACUUUCCCGAAGUAUUCUCACAUUUUAUAAAUAUAGCCUUUUUAAAAAUUUAGUCAUGAACAACUAUAUUCUUCAAUGAAAGUCUUUUUUAUUUAAAGUUUCAUAUUUAUUAAAAUUCCUCCCAUAUCUUAUAUGCAAAAACGAUCUUUUAAAUUAAAUAUAUUCAUGAAAUGUAUAUUUUCUAACAGUUUCUGAAGUGGGCUCUCCUGGUGGGAGGUGUGGCUGCUACUUUAGCAUCAGUAGGUCUUGCCAUAUACAGAACAUCCUGAGACAGUGCUCAAACUGCUUUGCUGGUGUCUGCGUAUGAUUGAUAUCAAUAGAUGAUAGAACAAAAAAUGAGUGGAUGGGGAUUUGUAUUUUGUUAUUUUUUAUGAUAUUUUUUCUUCUUAAAUUUUUACUUAACAGAAAUAUAAAGAUUUCUUCCCCAUUAUUAUUAUUUUUUUUGUUUGUUGCAUUGCUGUUCAUUAUUGUUUUUAAACCUUUAAAUUAAUAAUUAAUUUUAUUUAAGAAAAUACACUUUACCAAUCAAUAUUAUUAAAGGUUUUGGAUAUAUAUAAUUGAAAAAACUAUUCCUAUCAAAUGGAUUAUAUUGUGUGCCUAGUCAGGUCGGUUGACUGGAAAAUAAAAAAGAGGCAAGGGUAUUUACUCAUGCACAGUAGUUUUUAGAGAGUAGGCCUAUUGAAAUUAUUUCAGUUUACAAAUUUGUCAGACAGUAUUUUAUUAGGGGAAAGCUGUUGCUUUUUUUUUCCCUGCGGGGCUUGAAAUUUUUUACACUAAUUUAGGAGAAUAAAUUAAUGUGAACAUUUAAAAUAAAAUUACAUUUGAUUUAGGCAGUGUCUACACGUACGGCGACCGGACAUAUAUUUCCCGCACUAUUUGUCCGGCGACCAAGUCACAUGACCGCCGUAACAAAGUGGCGAGAGAUAUCUUGUCCGUGAGCCUUGUCGCGUGAACGCGAAUGAUUCAAAACUAUUGUUAAUUUUAAAAUCUAUUUCUCUACCAUUAAUGUACUGAGUGUCUUGAAUGCAAAUAAUAGAAAAAAAUUAAGCUAAAGUGGCUUGUAAACAUUUUUGUUUUAGUUUGUUAUUUGAGUUUGUGUACCAGUAAUCCAUAAAAUAAAGUAGGGGCCAGUGUGGAGUAGGCAACCAAUAAAAGUAAAAGAUUUCAUCUUAAAUUGUUUAAAUUGCAACAAAAUAUUUAAAAACUCUCAUGAAACUACUGUUGCUAAUGAACAUGAUAAUAGAAAUAUAAGAUAAAAUAUUUUUAAUUAAAAUUUGGGGGGGGGGGGGGAAAAAAUCCCUACCAGGAAUUGAUCCUCAAAUAUAAUAAUGUCAAGCAAUCAUUCUACCACAAGACCACACAAGAUCUGCCAAUUGGCUCUUCGUUGGGAAUAAUAACGACUACUAGUCGUCCGGCGGUCACGUGACAUGUCGCCGGACGUAUAUCUCGCGCACUAUUUGUCCGGCGCGCCGGACGUGUAGACACUUUGUUUGAUUUAUAGUAAUUUAAAAAUAACUUUAACUUUCAAUACACCUCAAUGUUGCAUGACAGUUGUUUUAUUUUAAAAUCUUUCAGAAGUAAUUGGAAUGGGUUGUUUUAAUUUUAAGAACUAAUUUUCAUUUAAAUUUGAAAGCAAAUUGAUUGGUGCAAAGAACUUAUGAAGCACUUUGUAAAGGAAAAUUUGUAAUGCUUCUGAAAUACCUACGUGGUUUGUCUGUUAAGAUUACACUACAAAUCCUUUAAAUAUGUGCACAUGACCCUUGAAAAGUUUCAACAGUUUGCCACAUCAUCUUUGCAGAUCCAUAUGAUUUUCCUGAGUGAAAUACCAUUGUUCCUCUAAUCAAUAUAACCAGAGACAUGUUUCCUGACCAGUGCAAAGAUAAAUUCAGUUAUGCAUGCAUGUUAUCACUUAUCAUCUAACAGCUGAUCUGUCUGUGAGGGGCAGACAUAUAGUUGCAGAAUUAAUUUCCUAGCACCCAUCUUAUUUAAAAAAUUUUAGGAAAAGAUUUUAAGGAAGUAUUUUUUGUGUGCUUCUGUUUACAUUUUGAAUUCUUAAAAUGUGCUGUCUUAAACCAUGUAUCCUCACAUUGUACCAGGCACAUGUGUCAAGGAUUUUCUAUGUCUAGAUAGAUACACGUUUUUCUAGAUUUCAGGGCACUGCUCCAUUCCCACAGAUAGUAAUAUUAAGUUAGGAAAUAAUAACAUAUACUUGUUGGAAUUAAAAUUAAAGUCUCAAAUAUUUGAUUAUCGCCUGAGAGAGUUGAUGUCUAAGUAUUUGAAAAUGUAACACAAGUGAAACAAAAUAAGAUAUGCAUUAGGACUAUACAAUAACAGUUUUUAAAGUCAACUGGUAGUAUGGAGUGGGUUCCAGCUGAUGUGAACGUCUGAAAGAAAACAUUACUGUCCAAGUUUUUUAAGGAGAUUUGCUUUAUCCACAGUUUGAUGUUACAUUAUCUUAUGGCUUGCGUUUUUUUUUACCACCAUUCAAUUGAAUUAGUUUAUGUGUGAUUUUUACCAUUGAUAUUGAUUGCAUAAUUGAUGCCUUUUCAAGAGAUAUUUUUAAAAGUUAAUCACCAACACAAUGUGAUAUUCUGAAUAAUUUUUGUCACCUAACUGUCAGUCGUCAUGUAUGAUAACAUUGUUGUACAUCAAUGAAUAUAAAAUGAAUGACCUGCAACUUAGUAGCACCUGAAAGCACAUUCCCCCAUCUCUUAACUUUAUUGAUGACCAACCAAUGACCAUUGAUCGAUGACCAUGUGCCAGGAAAUGAUCUGACACUCUUACUGCUUUUAAAUUUUUGUUGCCUUGUUAUGAAACAAUGCAAUCAGUUUAUUCUUGUUAAUAAUAUUGCUCCAUAUCUUCAUUACAAACUAAUCAGAAUAAUUGUUCAUGUUUUUGCUAUUUCAAUACAUGUUAUUUUUUUUUUUUUAAAGUUUUAUACUCUUGUGCGAACAUUUUAUGAGUUCAAUAGUUCAAAUA